AUGUCGAGUUGGUUGACGUUUUUCCGGUUAAGGAAAAUAGACGAGAAAGAAGGGAAUUCGGCGGAAGAACUGGGAACUACACCGUUAAAUCCAUCAAUUCUACAGGAACUGGAUGAGGAACAGCAGGCUCAUAUAAGGGAAGUUUUUCGGCGAGCAGAACAGUCACAGAAAGAAGCCCGAAUUGUGCUGAACACAAAAAAGCUUUCGAGACUGAGUGAUGCAAGGUUUCGAGGGACAGUUGACGAAAAUGAAGAAUUUUUUACCGUUCGAAACGAAAGCUUUGUGCAGAUGGAUUCACUUCCAGAAAAUUCAUUUAGCGAACACUCUGGAAAUUUUACACAAAGCAUUAAACGACUUAGUAGGCAGUUAUACCGCUGGAUGAGCUCCCUUGAUGAUGACGGAGGUGAUAUACUAAAGUCUGCACAAAAAUUGGUUCGCUUUUCAACUCCUCUUAGUAUAGAAACGGAUACAGAUUUUGCGAAAUAUGUAUCUAAGAUGUCGCACGAAAUUUGCACAAUGGCCAUUGCUGAUUCUGUCUGUAAGAUUGUUCUGGAUCAAUACUGUCACUGGUUGUGCACUGUUAUAUUUACUGCUGUAUAUAACGAAUUAAAACUGAAAUAUGGGACCGACGCAGAGAUAGGUAGAUACUGUUCCGAACUCACAAUUGACAUCUUCAAAAGUGUCUACAUGAAUGCGGUGGAAUUACUUUGUGGCCAAGAACAGCUACAUGCGACUUGGUCCAGAAGUGACCAAAACAUGCAAACUGCUUUACUGCGUGUUUCCUCUACAACCUUUAAAAAGUCAGUUUCUUGUCAAUGUAUUCAAUCCUUGGCACAUCUCAUUGACCAGGAAUCAACGCUGUAUCGCCAUUCAGAAUUCGAUGAUGAUUGUGGGGAAGAAUUCUGUUAUGUGCUUUUGGAGGAAGAUAAAGAGAAGCUUUCGCAAGAAUUAACAUCUGUAUUACAGAACUUCGCAGAAGAACUCUGGAUUCAUAUUUUAGCCUUAGUCCUGGCCGAUCUUAUGCUGAAAAAGCAAGGAUCCACGCUACAGGAACAGUUUCCCGGAAUCAACUUAAUUUCAUCGGUUGAGGAAAACAUUCAGGAAAGAAAGCGAAACUCUUUCUCUUCUAUAGAUGAUUACAGCAAUCUCGAUGAAAAUAGUUGCAGUAUGUCAUCUGAUGAAUUUGUAAAUGAAUACACUUUAUUGAACAAUGAAAAACAGAGCCUAUAUCUCUAUACGAAGCAACAAGUUCAUGGUAAGAUAAGUCCGCCACUUACACUGUACGAAAUGGAUUUGACUCGAGAUAUUUACCUGAAUCCUUCAUUUAUUGGCGCCUGCGAAACUAGAAAGCAGAGUAGACCGGUAUCCAGAAGUAGUUCUGAUUCAGAAUUUUCAGAAACAGAGUGGAAUACCGAGCAACAAACCGAUUCAGAAAGUUAUUACAACGAGAGUUUUUACGUGGGAAAAACCACAUCCGCUGCAGUGGAACAGUUAAACAAUGACGAAGAAACAAGAAACACUGAAGUAAUAAAAUACAUAGAACGAAUCAUCAAAGAAGUCGAGUGUGUUGUAUCAGAUGAAGCGACAUUAAAAACGAUUCCGAAUGAAAAGGUUUCCGGUCAAGAAAGGAAUAUGUAUAAUCCAGAAUUCGACCUGACGACUAAUUUGGAGGGAUGGUCAUCCUCUACAUUAAAUACGAUGAUACAUCACGCAACGUCCAUCUUUGACAGCAAAGCAAAAUUGGAACACUAUAUGGAAACAAAUAUGGUAUGUUCAGACUUGAAGUCUUCAAGUGACAGCCAGGAAAUGAAACAGAAUGGAAGAAAAAAUGUAUUAAUUGAAAAGGAGCAGAAUUCAUCGCAUUCCGAGUCUCUCUUAGAUUUAACAACUAAAAAUACAAGCAAUUAUAAUGAACUUGAAGAGGAUAAUAUGUACGAUGUAAUAUCUUUCCCUUAUCAGAUUCACAAAGUUCGUAAUGAACAGAUGCCUUCGGACUCAUGUUUUUCAUCGACUGACGAGGGUAGAGCUUCGAAUGUUUCGCGAUUAAUGCUAGAAAUGGAACUCCGAAAUUGCAGGGAAGAAUCAGUUUGGCGAUUCAACGACUUUAAAGCCGAAAAAUUCGAAAACUGCCAUAAAUUUGACGAAUUACAUAACACUGAGGUAGCUACAACACAGGUUGCUAUUGAUAAAAAAUUAAUAUACGAAGACAACAGAGAUCUCUUCAAUAACGAUUUGGAUGAACGAUAUUUGAUAUCUAGAAAACAGCAAUCAGACUCGAUCUCGAACUUGAAAUUUGAUGAAACCAAUUCUACUGCUUCGGAUAUUUUAGAUGAGAUAUAUUCUGAUUACGAUAUGGUAAAGAAAAGGGAAAGGAAUAAGGAGGAACAAUCAUUCACAGUGAAGGGACGAGAGUGGAGUGAAUCUGCAAACGAAGAAGCCGACAAAAAAUUCCAGAUUCAAGAGAUGAAUAUAAUUCGAAAAUUCGAAACAUAUGGAACAAAAUCUGAUGAAUUAGCAACGGCUGAAAUAACAAGAUCUGAGGAUCAGAAAACAGAUGACCUGCGACAGAUUAAAGUGAAAAAUGAAGGGUUAGCUCUCAGACACUCGAUAAAUGGAACAAAACAGGAAGGAAUAAAAUAUAACGACUUAAAAGUCGAGAGAGAAGAGUGGAAAGUUGAGGGUGACGAAACAUAUCAGAACGGUGGUUCAUGUCUCAUAGGGGAAGAAAGGAACAGUAAAGGUAGCUCGCCAGGAGUUCUAGAACCAUUUACGGUGAGUAAUACUGACGAUAUUUACCAAACGCUAAGAAGUAAAAAGGCUGGAGUGAAGAAGCUGGAGGUUUUAGAAGUGUCGAUCGAGGACGAGCGAAAAGACGUCAGAAAUGUCAUACGUACGGCCGAGGGUACCAAGCAAGCAAAAGCACCAAUUCAAAGUUCUCCAGAAAACAGGGAUUCAAUAGAAGAAUCUGAACUAUUCAAGAGCUCGAGUGAAAAAAGAUCAAAGAAAGACCCAGCAACUUUAGAAUCUGACGAGGCAUCUUUACUUGGCAAUAGUUUUGAAAAAGUUCUGGAUGAGAAACUGGAAAGCAAUAUCGAGGCAACAGAAAUCAAUAAAAGCAUCAAUAAAAGAAGCAGAUUAACAGCUGAGAUAAAAGCAAAAAGUGAAACUGACGGCUUAGUCUUUGAGCUUCACUUAGACCGAAACCUUGACCAAAAGAAUUUGGGCACAGAAAUACAAGGAACUGAAAUUGGGAUUAGGCCAACUUAUCAUGCAACAUCUGCAAGCGAUGUUGCCCUAUCUGCAACGUCAGGUCCGUAUUCGCCGCAGGAAUCCGUGGAUGUUCAGAUGAAUCCGAUUCAAAAUAUCCUACCAUCCGAUGCAAUUGAUGAAUCAGUAAUGGUUGAAAAGGAAAAUGAAGAAAAUGUUCUAAAUGAUGAUAUGGAACAUCUAGUGGAUGCAAUUAGCAGUAAGGAUACAACCAUUGACAGAAUUUCAUUUGAUGAUACGAUUUCAAUCGGUGUUCUGAAGACAACAGAGAAUCUGUUACCAGUUCACCAGACGACGGGAUAUGAUCAGUCAUUAACACAGGAAGAAAUGAGACACGUUACAAGCGUUACUAGCAUAGCUGAAAAGGAAAUCAAUGUUCAGAAAGCUGCCUUCAGCAAGGAAUUCGAAUUUGAAUUAACCCAGGACGAACUAAAGCAUAUAGCACGUGUUUCGUGCAUGGCUGAAGAAGCUUUCGGCAAACGUCAAACAAUACAAAGAUCUGAGGAAUUGAUUGAAGAGGAAGGCGUGAAGUCGGAUUACGAAGAAUAUGACGUGGAGGAAAAGGAAUCAGAGAAAUUUUCGGAACACAGUCAAUCAAAAGCAAGUUCUGCAACGUCAGGUCCGGAUUCGCCGCAGGAAUCCGUGGAUGUUCAGAUGAAUCCGAUUCAAAAUAUCCUACCAUCCGAUGCAAUUGAUGAAUCAGUAAUGGUUGAAAAGGAAAAUGAAGAAAAUGUUCUAAAUGAUGAUAUGGAACAUCUAGUGGAUGCAAUUAGCA